AUGGAAGAAAUGAAGAGAAAAUUAAUUUAUGAAACCAAAAGCAACUGCUUUCCGAAGGAUAAGAGAGAGGCUUUCUGUAACACACUGGGGUCGUCAAGUGAAGAGGACAUUCCUCUGGGUAAAUAUGCGACGAGAGAGGGCUGGAAGGAAGGACAGCGGAUUAUUGAAUUCGGAACGUUAGUUGAGGCUCUAGAAUCAUGUAGACAGUGCAGAUUGGGCCCGCUGUCAUUAUCUGCGUCCAAUAUUGUUGGGGAGUUGCAAAAAGGCUUAGGGGGAUACCUGUACGUGAAGUGUUUGAACCCAGAAUGCGGUGAGGUCAACACAAUUCCGUACGGCCAGACACACCGAGAGAAGGCAGGAAAAGCGGGGAUGCCGUGUUUCGUUAUCAACACUAAGCUUGGUACAGGAAUGAUAGACUCCAUCGGUGGCCCAGUCAGGCUAAACAAUUUUCUAGCUACUUUGAACAUCAAGCCUGUGAACUGUAGAAGUUUGAAAGUCAUGGAAAGAAGAGCGGGAGUACAUGUUGAGGCUGUAGCUCAACAGUCAACUAGACAGGCAGCUUUAAAGUGAUUCUUAAAAUUAUGUAUUUGUAGGUUUGUUAAUAGUUGAACAUCUCUCUUGGGAAUUAUUUCAUGAAUACUAUGACACUUCAGAAAUAUUUAUUUUUGCUCACACAUCAAAUUAUCUAAUUCACACACAGAGUUGUGUCAAAGUCAAUGUUCAUACCAAUUUUGAUAUGCAUGUAGUUAAUUUGAGAUGCUUUUUCAGAGCUUGUAUAAUUCAUUCAAUAUCAAGAAUCAUGAUUAUAAUUUCAUCAUAUGUUGUUAUUAUAUUUAUUAUUAUGUAAUUAUUAUCUAAUUGGUUGCAAAUUGCACUCGGAGAUAAACUGAAAGUAGAGAGUUCUUUUCCGGUCAUGUCAGGGUCAAUCUCUGAAAUAAAACUGCAUGUACAAUAUUUAUUUAUGGAAUGCAAAUAUAUUCAUAUUUACAUUUGCAUUUACAUGUGUAAACAAAACAACUUGGUUAUACAAGAUGUUUUCUGCAUUAAAG